GAAAGUGUUCAUGCGAUGCAAAGCUUGUUGUUUCUUGCCUCUAUAAGCCUGGACGGGCGAAGUUCGAGUUUUGAUUUGCUGCUCCGCCCCCCUCCCAGCGCUAUUCCUGCGCGUGGCGCUCCCUUGGCCACUCCCCCACGGGCCCGGGCCAGCCCAGGGCAGCGCGCGACCAUGUGCGAGGAGCAACCGCUGGAGCUGCUGGAGCGCUUUUUGCAACGGCACCCGAGCUUGCGCGUCGUCCCUCCGGGGAAGAAGGUCCGCUGCACACUUACUGGCCACGAAGUGCCUUGCCGGCUACCUGAUCUCCAAGCCUACACUAGUGGCAAGAAGUACUUGAGGCUGAUCAAGGCUCCUGGAGUGUUGGACUACAGCGAGUACAAGCCACACAUCGUACCAAGUACCAAGAAUCCCCAUCAGCUGUUCUGCAAACUCACUCUCCGUCAUAUCAACAAGAUACCAGAGCAUGUUCUCCGUCACGUCCAAGGGCGGCGUUAUCAGAAGGCGCUGAGGAGGUAUGAAGAGUGUCAGAAGGAGGGUGUCGCGUUUGUUCCCGCCUGCCUACUCCAGAAGCGCCGUCGGCGUCAGCAGGAUGAUCAGGCCGACGGAAGUCAGCAGCCUCGUCGGAAAGGGGAAUUCUGGGAGCCCACGGCUAGCGAUGACACCGGAAGUGAAACAGAAGACAGUAUGAGCGACUUAUAUCCACCUGAACUUUUCCCAGAAAAAACUCCAGCUGCCAAGGAAAACAACAGCGACUUUAUGACAGACAGCAAUGAAGAGGCAGCAAAUCCAGCGGAGAACGGUGGCACAAAGGGGAAGGAUAGCGAGGCGAUGGAUGUGGAUUCACAAACAGGCACCAAAAGGGGAAAGAAACAAGCAGGCACGCUCAAGAAGUUCAAAAGUUGGAAUAGAAAACCCAAGAGGUUUGGGAAAGCAGUCAAUCGGAAAUAGACUUUUCCUGCUUGACAAAUGCCAGUUGGUCAUGUGUGACAAGAGAGCUGGCACAAGAAGACUCGACCUUUGGAUGUGCAUUUUGCUUUAGGCCUGGUUUUGGUUUUUUUUUGAAAAGCAGAAUAAAUGAUGCUGUUGUACUUUGA